AUGGGGCCGAGGGCAUCCCUAAGCCGGCUCCGGGAGCUCUGCAACCACUGGCUGCGGCCGGCUCUGCACACCAAAAAGCAGAUCCUGGAGCUGCUGGUGCUGGAGCAGUUCCUGAGCGUGCUGCCCCCACACCUCCUGGCCCGACUACAGGGCCAGCCGCUCCGGGAUGGCGAAGAGGUGGUGCUGCUGCUGGAGGGUGUCCACAGGGAGUCCGGCAACGUGGGGCCGCUGGAUUUUAGUUUUAAUGCUGGCAAGAACUGUCCCCGUGCAGACAUCACCUUGGAGGAACAGGGGGGCUCUUCCCAAGUCUCCAGCCACAGCCCCAAAAAGGAAGUGCACUCAGAAGGGCCUCCAGCCCUGGAGCCACCAAAGGAACAUCCACCAUGCCAGCCAGGCCCCUCCAUGUCUGCUGAUAUGGGGACCUGGAGGCACCCUUCACGUUCAAAAUUGCCAUUGAGCCCCGGUCCCAAGAGAGCGUUGCAGGCCCUGCAAGAGAGCGCCCCCCAGGGCCUGGAGCCGUGGCCGGAGGAGAGCUCUGGAGAUCAGGAGCUGGCAGCUGUGCUGGAGUCUCUGACCUUUGAAGAUGUCCCAGCAAAAAAGGCGUGGCCCGUGCAUCCUUUGGGAUUUGGAGGCAGAACCCCGGACGAGGCGUUUAAGGAAGAAGAGCCGCCGCGGGUUUCCUGGCCUGCCGCCGUCCCAGCGAAGUCUGGGGCUGAGAGUCCGAGGGUAGCGGAAGAGCCCCGUGCCCAGUCGCUCAGGCCAGGCCCCGAGGUGGGCGGCAGCGAUGGAGACCUGUCCCCUCCAGGCAGAAGUGACAUUCUCGAGGUCAAAGUGGCCGGGGGGCCCCCCAAGUCGGAGCCAGAGAUCAAGUUCAUCUGCACCGAGUGCGGGGUGAGCUUCCCGCAGCUGGCCCGCCUGGAGGCGCACCAGCUGCGCUCUCACCCAGGCUCGCGGUCCUUCCUGUGCCUGUGCUGCGGGAAGAGCUUCGGCCGCAGCUCCAUCCUCAAGCUGCACAUGCGCACGCACACCGAUGAGCGGCCGCACACCUGCCACCUGUGCGGCCACGGCUUCCGCCAGAGCUCGCACCUGAGCAAACACCUGCAGACGCACUCCUCCGAGCCGGCCUUCCUGUGCGCCGAGUGCGGCCAGGGCUUCCAGCGCCGGGCCAGCCUCAUGCAGCACCUGCUGGCGCACGCCCAGGACCAGAAGCCGCCGUGCGCUUCGGACCCCAAGACCCAAGCGCCCCCAGAGCUGAGCGUCGUCCUGUGCUCCCACUGCGGCCAGACGUUCCAGCGCCGCUCCAGCCUCAAGCGCCACCUGCGGAUCCACGCCAAGGACAAGGGCCACCAAUGCUCUGAGUGCUCCGGCAGCCUGCGCCCGGGGCCCGAGCGCAGGCCCUACGUGUGCGGCGACUGCGGCAAGGCGUUCCGGCGCAGCGAGCACCUGGGCGCCCACCGGCGCGUGCACACUGGCGAGCGGCCCUUCUCCUGCCAGGUCUGCAGCCGCAGCUUCAGCCAGAGCUCCCAGCUGGUCAGCCACCAGCGGGUGCACACGGGCGAGAAGCCCUACAGCUGCCUGCACUGCGGGAAGUGCUUCAUGCGGCGGGCCGGCCUGGCCCGCCACCUGCUGACCCACGGCGGCCCGAGGCCGCACCACUGCGCCCAGUGCGGCAAGAGCUUCAGCCAGACUCAGGACCUCGCCCGCCACAGGCGCAGCCACACGGGCGAGAAGCCUUGCCGCUGCAGCGAGUGCGGCGAGGGCUUCAGCCAGAGCGCCCACCUGGCGCGACACCAGCGCAUCCACACGGGGGAGAAGCCCCACGUCUGUGACACCUGCGGCCACCGCUUCCGCAACAGCUCCAACCUGGCCCGCCACCGCCGCAGCCACACGGGCGAGCGGCCCUACGGCUGCCAGAAGUGCGGCCGGAGCUUCCGGCGCAACGCCCACCUGCAGCGGCACCUGGCCACCCACGCAGGGCCCGGGGAGGAGGCGGGGUCUGGGCAGGCCGAACCCCUGCAGGAGUGCCCGGAGUGCGGUAAGACCUUCAGCCGCAGCUGCAACCUUCUGCGGCACAUGCUCGUGCACACAGGGGCCAGGCCCUACUCGUGCACACAGUGUGGCCGCAGCUUCAGCCGCAACUCCCACCUGCUGCGCCACCUGAGAACCCACGCCCGGGAGACGCUGUAUUAG